GUCAAAGCAAAGCAAAGCAGAUCAGCUCGUUAACAGCCAGCCAUAAGACAGAGAGACAGAGAGGAUGGACAUGAAGCAGAUUCUCAUCCUUGGACUUUGUCUCGUGCCCGUGUGGACGUGCAACAUGAACCGGUGCUUCAAUGAGAGCGAGCUGAUCGGGGCGGUGAACAGGACGCUGAAGAGAUGCUACCCGCAGCCCGAGGAGCCCCAACACGCGGGGAAGCACGACUCAGACCCCUCCUGCCCCGUGGCGUUUUUCCCGCAGUAUGGCGGCAUCCACGAGAGGUCUCUGUCCCCCUGGAGAUACGUACUUGUAACAAUGGAGGAUCACUUUCCUUCCACCUAUGCUAAGGCUGAGUGCCUGUGUUCAGGUUGCAUCCUGAUUCAGGCCAACAAAUCCCCAGUGGAGAGCCACGACUACAACUCGUACGCCGUAAUGCAGAACAGGGUGUUUCUCAAGAGGGAGCUCUGCAAUGACAAGACAAAAUACCGUCUGACGCCGGUGACUGUGAAAGUAGCAGUGGGCUGCACCUGCCUCAGAGCCAAGACCUCCAACUAGAAGACCAGACCAGCUGUCA